CACCAGCACCUCCUCUGCACCAACCGGGGGCUGCGCUCGGUGCCCAAGGCUGCCGAGCCCCAGGAUAUCCUCACCUACAGCCUCGGGGGCAACUUCAUCGCCAACAUCUCCGCCUUCGACUUCCACCGCCUGGCAGGGCUCCAGCGCCUGGACCUGCAGUACAACCGGAUCCGCUCGCUGCACCCCAAGGCCUUUGAGCGCCUGGGUCGGUUGGAGGAGCUCUACCUGGGCAACAACCUGCUGCCGGUGCUGGCCCCCGGCACCCUCAGCGCCCUGGCUAAGCUGCGCAUCCUCUACGUGAACGCCAACGAGAUUGGCCGCCUGAGCGCUGCCUCCUUCUCCGGCCUCGGCAGCCUUGUCAAGCUCAGGCUGGAUGGCAACGAGCUGGGCUCGCUGGGUGACUCCACUUUCUCGGCACUGCCAAACUUACUGUACCUGCACCUGGAGUCCAACCGCAUCCGCUGGCUGAGCCGCGGUGCUUUUACUGGCCUGGCUAAGCUGCGCUUCCUCGACCUCUCAGGGAACCAGCAGAACUCCCUUCGCCACCCGGACAUCUUCAGCCCCCU